UUACGGAAAGAGCCGUCUGAUGGAAAACGACUUUCACCUUCGGUUCAGAGAGCACUUUUUUCGUUGAUCAUUCCUCCUUCCCUUUCGUGUUCAUUCCCCAGCGGCGAAUUCGAAACUUGUGGGGCCCUAUCUAUUCCAUCUCUCAAGCCCCGAAGAAACCCCCCCUCCCAUCUGGACCUUGUUUUUGACUCUAUAUAUGUGGGCACCUGAUAUCUAUGAGGGUUCACCCACCCCGGUUACAGCAUUCCUUUCUAUUGCGCCUAAAAUCUCUAUUUUUGCUAAUAUUUCACGUCUUUCUAUUUAUGGUUCCUAUGGAGCUACAUUGCAAGAAAUCUUCUUUUUCUGCAGCAUUGCUUCUAUGAUCUUAGGAGCACUGGCCGCCAUGGCCCAAACGAAAGUCAAAAGACCUCUAGCUCAUAGUUCAAUUGGACAUGUAGGUUAUAUUCGUACAGGUUUCUCAUGUGGAACCAUAGAAGGAAUUCAAUCACUACUAAUUGGUAUCUUGAUUUAUGUAUUAAUGACGAUAGAUGCAUUCGCCAUAGUUUUAGCAUUACGGCAAACCCGUGUCAAAUAUAUAGCGGAUUUGGGCGCUCUAGCCAAAACGAAUCCUAUUUCGGCUAUUACCUUCUCCAUUACUAUGUUCUCAUACGCAGGAAUACCCCCGUUAGCCGGUUUUUGUAGCAAAUUCUAUUUGUUUUUCGCCGCUUUGGGUUGUGGGGCUUACUUCCUAGCCCCAGUGGGAGUAGUGACUAGCGUUAUAGGUCGUUGGGCGGCCGGAAGGUUGCCACGAGUCAGUCUGUUUGGGAGACCGAAGGCAGUUCUCCGUGCACCGGACACGUAGCUUACCUUUUCAGUUGCGAGACGGAUGGGAAUGCAUGCUCCGAAAGAUAGGGUCGAGUCUGAUACAUCAACCGUCUACUCAAUAUCCUUGUACGAGUCCACAAUCACUACACGAGAUGAACCUUGGUUUGGUGAAUUGAAGUUGGCCCCACGGAGCGGUGUAAUAGGACUCCCAGUUACUGCGCGCGAUCGUAUACUGAGGUGCUCCCCGCCGGUUGUUGGAACGACGCGAGCCGGGCCUCGAUUCAGAAAGAUUCAGGGCCAAAAAGUCUCAAUAGGGGGUUACUAAUUCCCCAUCUCAUUGGGGGCGGAAAACGAAUCGACAUCUCGAUGUGAGACAGCCUUUGAAAUUGGAGUUGGGAAAGAACGGCGAAGUCCAUCCGAACCGUCCAAUGAAGAAUAAGAGGAGAACAAAGGGCCAAUGGCGCGCGAAGCGCAUGGCGG